AUGUCGACUCCAACAUUACCAGCAUGGCCGCCAUCCUUGCCCGACGAGGCACGAGAGUAUCUCUCAACCCAAGCUACCGACUACGCCCUCGCUCACGGUAUCGUCUACCGUCCCGUUCCCGUCGCACCCUCCACCCAGCCAGCAAGCGACAGCGCCAUUCACGCCCCCUUCUCGCUCUUUCCCUCCCCAUUCCCACGCGCACUCUUUCAAAAGGCACAAAACAUCCAACCAGCCUACGAUUUGCUCUACGCUCAGGUCUCGUCGGACCAUACCUUCCUCCAACGCGUCAUCGGCGAAUCAGUCGUCCAGGUCGACGAAUUCCAGAAACAGCUUUGGGACAUCUACGUUUCUGUCAAGGACGAUCUCGUCCAGCCGCUGAGCCUGGGUCUGUUCAGGAGCGAUUAUCUGCUUCAUGAUGCACAGAGCGAAUCCUCUGCUGCUGCGGAAAUGGGCAGGUCGGGUCAGCUCGAACUCAAACAGGUCGAGUUCAACACGAUCAGCGCUUCGUUUGGCGCUCUGUGUACGAAGGUGAACGGCCUUCAUCGACAUGUCUCACAGACUACGGACUAUCUUGACGUGCACAGCGGCCUGUCGAACCUCGAUAAUUUGCCGGUGAACCAGGGCCAGGAUGUGCUAACCGGCGGACUGGCAGCCGCACACGCCGCGUACAUCUCUCAACGACGCAAAAGGGGCGAGACCGAUAAGAACACAUACGUGCUUUUCGUGGUGCAGGAAGGCGAACGGAACGCGUUCGACCAGCGUCCGCUCGAACAUGCGCUGCAAGACAGGGGAAUCCGAGUCGUUCGGCAGUGCUUCAACGAGAUUGCUGCGAGGAUGUCUAGCGACGAGAAGCGCGCGCUGUUCUUGCAGCAUCCCGUUCUGGGUCGCAUUGAGAUCAGCGUUGUUUACUUCCGUGCUGGCUACGGACCAUCCGAUUAUACGGGUCAGACGGAAUGGGAGACGAGGAAAAAGCUCGAACUGAGUGCGGCAAUCAAAUGCCCCUCGAUCGCUGUUCAGCUUGCAGGAGCCAAAAAGGUUCAGCAGGUUCUCGCAGAGCCAGGCCAGCUCGAACCCCUACUCGGCUCCCUCGGCUCCCAAGCGGCAAUCACCCCUGCGACGGCACAGCAGCUCAGAGAAACCUUCACGGACCUCUACCCGCUCGACGACUCUCCCCUCGGCCAAAAGGGAUACCAACUCGCCCUCACUCAGCCGCAGAACUACGUGCUCAAACCGCAGCGUGAAGGCGGCGGAAACAAUGUCUAUCGCGACGACAUCCCGCGCUUCCUCGCCGAGCUCGAGUCGUCCUCCUCUACACACACGGGAGCCAUCGCCAAGCGCCAGGCGUACAUCCUGAUGAGCCUCAUCAAGCCCCCCGCUGGACUGGGCAACUUUUUGGUCAAAGCCGCCACCACCCCGGGGACCAAAGCGGGAGCAUUGCUCGCCAAAGACACCGUUUCCGAGCUGGGCGUGUACGGCGCUGUACUCUUUGAAAAUGGCCAGCAGAGCGUGCAAGUGCACCACCACCAGUCGGGCGGAUACCUGCUGAGGACCAAAGGCAGGGAGAGCGACGAGGGCGGUGUAGCCGUCGGAUUCUCAGUCAUUGAUUCACCUUUGCUCGUCUAG